CUGAAAUGAAUUCCCCCAAAAAAAGGUUUUUUAUUUGGCGCGAGACAACAACCAGCAAAAAUUAAACAAAAGCUGUAUGACCGCUUUGAACCCCAUCAGUCUCCAUCUCCCUAUCACGAUCCAUGGGGGACGAAAUCCCUCCGAGCCCUAACGCUAUCAUUCUCCUACCACCGCCGCCGACUCCAUCCCCAACCUCGGAUCCCCUCGAAAGAACUCCCAGAAAUGGCCGCCUCACGCCCUUCCGCCGUCCUCCCUUGCGGUUCACCACAGAGUUCGACAGCGAAGGUCCUCUGUUCUUGCAUAAGAUCUCCUCCAAUUUCUUCGACAACCUCGCCAAGCUUAAAUUUUCUUUCCAGAACAACAGCAAGGGUGAGAUCUUCAGCCCGCAGCUGGGUUUUAUAACCGACAAUCUGUCAGUUCUCUAUGAUUUUGAAUCCCGGAACGCUCUGCUGAGGGGGUCGCUGAAUUUGGGGAAAAAUCUUCAAUUACGGACCACUUAUGAUGUCAAGGAGCAACUAGGAGCAGGUUCAAUGAUUGCAACUCUGCCAAAUCCUUCCGUGAAAUUGGAAUUGUCGUCAUCCGUUCCAUUGAACGGGUUGCCAAGGGCAGCUUUGCAUUUUCCUUAUGGUGAAAUUGCAUUGGAGCAGAGAGAGAAUAUUGAGGAAAAGGAUGAAGUUAGGAAUGCUUUGUCAGUUGAUGGUAUCUUAAAAAGUCCAUUGUUGAAUGGAGUCUCCACUGUUGUGUACAACGGAAAAGAUUUGAACCUAAGAUAUAUUUAUAAGGACACACAUUUGACAUUCAUUCCAAGUUUUAGUCUACCUUCGAAUAAAGCGUCAUUCGCAUUUAAACGGAGAUUCAGCUCUACGGAUAAGUUAAGUUAUUGUUUUCACUUUGUUUUGGAUUCGAGUGCUUGGAGCGCCGUCUAUAAACACACUAUUGGAAAAGACCUCAAGAUUAAAGCUGGUUAUGAUUCGGAGGUGCGACUUGGCUGGGCUUCUCUGUGGGUUGGGCCUGAAGGUGGAAAGACGAAGGAGGCCCCGAGGAAGUUGAAAGCUCAAAUGAUGCUUCAAGUUCCUCAAGGCGACAUCAAUGGCGCCGCGCUUAUGUUUAGAGUGAAGAAAAGAUGGGAUUUGUAGCUCCUGCCUCAUGUUUUUGAUAUUGCUCAUGUAAGUCAUCAAGUUCAGCAUUCUAUAGAGGGCUGCAAUGAGAAAUUAUGAAGUGAUUUUGUUAGUCUAUUUCCAUUUAACUAUUUUGGAUUUUGUUUCAUGAAUCUCCAUUGAGAACUUCAUUUUUUCUCGUCAUUUUUGCAUUAACUCUUAGUUUUUGCUCUACGGCGCGGAAU